AUCAUUAUCCCCGCUGUAACGCUUGCUUCGGACUUCUCCUCGCCUCCGUUUGAGUUGGCGCCAGGAACAAGGGUUCCUGCUUGGCAUAAAUAAUGUUGCCAAUCCAUAAUACACAUGUAUAUGCCUCGUAUAUUUAAGCUCGUUGCUGCCCUUCUAGCUGAGCUAGCCGCCUCGCGUUGUUGCCUUUGACAGACACAUCACACAAAAACGCUCACACACCUACGCCAUGGCUGUCGAUAAGAUUGCCCCCAACGACCCGCGCGUCGAGCGCAAGGAGGCCGAGGUCAGGGGCAAGACCUACUCCUACCUUUACAGCAAGCCCGAGGGCACCCCCAAGGGCACCGUCGUUCUCAUCCACGGCUGGCCCGAUAUCUCAUUCGGCUGGCGCUACCAGAUCCCCUUUUUCCUCUCGCUGGGCUACCAGGUGGUCGCGCCUGACGGCCUGGGCUACGGCCACACGUCGUCGCCUGAGAAGCUCGAGGAGUGGUCCCUCAAAAACAUGUCGGACGACAUCAAGGCGCUGUCCGAGCAUGUUGCGCCCGGCGAGCAGAUCGUUCUCGGCGGCCACGACUGGGGCGGUGCGCUCGUCUGGCGCGUCGCCAUGUGGCACCCGGACCUCAUCAAGGGCGUCUUCAGCGUCUGCACGCCGUACAACGCGCCGACGGCCGCCUGGUUCGACCUCGCCGACCUCAUCGCCGCCGGGCACUUGACCAACUUCAGAUACCAGCUGCAGCUGCGCAGCGCCGAGGUCGAGGAGAAGCUGACGAAGCCCGAGGACAUCCGCCAGUUCCUCAGGGGCAUCUACGGCGGCCGGGGCCCCAACGGCGAGCUCGCCUUCGACACACAGCGCGGCGUCAUCUUUGAGAACCUCGACAAGAUCGGCCCCACGCCCCUGCUGUCGGAGGAGGAGGUCGACUACUACUCGGAGAACUACCAGAAGAGCGGCCUGCGCGGGCCGCUGAACUGGUACCGUACGCGCAAGAUCAACUACGAUGACGAGCUGCCGCUGGCGGAGAAGAUGGCGGCUGAGGGCGGCGAGUACAAGGUGACGCCGCCGAGCCUGUUCAUCUCCGCCAGCAAGGACGCGGCGCUGCCGCCGUCCAUAUCGGCGGGCAUGGACAAGCACUUUACGGACCUGACGCGCGGCGAGGUGACGGCGUCGCACUGGGCGCUGUGGGAGACGCCAGGGGAGGUGAACAAGCAGAUCAAGCAGUGGCUCGAGACCAAGGUCGAGAAGACGCCGACGGCGUCGCUGUGAGUUCUGGGGCUUUCGAGAGGACGCGGCCCGAGUCGCGAGAUGGCAUUUCGACGGACGUUUUACGGUUUUCAAUGACAGACGAGAAUGAAGGGAUCACAUGGGGAAGGGGAUGAAACAUAGCGAACAAAUGAUGAAUAGCGUUGCCAAU